AUGUUCAUGUAUAGGUACACAAAUCUGGAACCCAUCUCGGUAGAGACGCUCCGGCGUUCCGUGGAAGCGGUGACUCACUCCGUCGUGCGUGUGAGCGCUGAGGAUAUCCCGGAGCGUUUCGGUACCAUCUUUGACGGGUGGAGCCAUGGCACUGAGCAUUUCAUCGCCGUCUUCGCGUGGUAUGAGAUGAACGGAGAGAUUCGCUGUCCGCUCCUUAGCAUGGCUCCACUCGUCAAUGAGGGCACCAACGAUUUCGUCGGUCGCAACGCAUCGAGACUUUCUAGGCGCGAUGCUAUUGCGAGACUACAACAAGCGGCUCCACUAAUCGUGGGCAUUUUCGCUGAAACUGCGGACAAUGACACAGUCCGCGAAACUACGAUUGAAAACAAACCUUCGACCAAUCGGUCAGCAAACCCGUUGGGUUCCACGUUUGCGAUGCUAAAUCGCUUUUUCGAGCUGCUUCCCUUUCUGGACGUCGACGAUGAAGAUCUCGGAGAACUGCUGCCCUCGGCCGUGGCCAAGCGUCGUCUGCGGGAUCUACUUGGUGAGAUGAAGGGCGUCGAGUCCGUGUCCAAGGCACUACAGGGCAGAGACGUCAACCUGCUCGAUGUUCGAGCACGCACGUGCAUUUUGCAGUAUUAA